UUCUUCUUCUUCUUCUUCUUCUUCUUCUUCUUCACCUUUUCCCAACUUUUCAACUUCUUUUUCACGAGCUAUCCCUGCAAUCAAAAGCUAGGGUUUCUCUACUGCUCCUAACCCAUUAAAGCUUCAACCUUUAACCUCUCGGUGCUCCAAUUUCAUCUCUCACUCCCCAAGUUCUCAACUUUCCACCAAACCCAGAUCACCCUCAUCAUCUUCUUCAUACACUUUUCACUCAUUUUGGAUUAGAAUGACUGUAACUAGCUUCUGCUGAUUUUGAGUAUUGGGUUCAAUAGAUAUUCAGACAUUGCAGUCAGAAAAGCCAGAGAGAAGAAGAAGAAGAAGAAGCAUUAUUUGUUAAAAGUGGAAUCUUGCAUUUUUUUAGUGUUUUUUAGUUUUGGAGUACUAGUUGUGUUCCCUUUAGCUUUAGUGGCUGUUAGUGUUGGCUUUUACCCAAGGCUUGCAUGUGAAGCAAUACCCAAAUGAGGACCGUGAUUGAAUUUACUUGCUGUUCUUGGGAGGUUGGGAGUUUCUAGAUCUUGCUCUUAAUCCGUGAAUUCAAGCUAGGCUUUGGUUUCCUUUUGCAAGCUUCAUAUUGAUAUCAGGGUUUGCUUCUUUUUGGUCUCUGUUCUAUGGACUGCAUUGAUGGUUUAGCAUUAGAAUGUUUAAGUCUUUAUCCGAAUUUGGAUUGGAAUUAUAUGGUUGUAGGUAGCAACAUUUAUAGUAGGAAGUAAUUGUGGUGUGUGGUGAAUCGAAGAGGUUGUAGUGAUGGAGGAUAUAUGGCUGUUUAAGCAGGCCUUGAAAUGGCUGCAAUCUCAGAAGCAUGUUUAUUCGAGAUCGAAGACUGCUGUAAGUGGAUAUAGAGAUAAAAUGGGGGUGUUUGUUGAGCGGCAUUGGCCGAUGGUGUGCAAUGGGUGCUUUAGAAUGGGGAGGCUGAUGCUCUUGUUGUUGUGUUAUUGGAAGGACUGUGUUAUAAGAGGCUUUCAGUCGUUUAUAGGAUUUGGUUCUGCAGCAUUGCUUCUUAUAAUGUGGAGUUUCUUUCUGAGUUUGACUUCCAUGUCUUGCUUGGUUUAUGUACUUCUUAGUAUGGGAGCUGCUGUAGCUGCUGUUCAGUACUUGGGAUACACUCCAGGAAUUUUUAUCGUAGGGCUCUUCGCUAUUCUGAUCUUAUGGAUGUAUGCUAACUUUUGGAUAACAGGAACAUUAUUUAUAGUUGGAGGUUAUUUGUUCUUCCUUAAUCAUGCACGGUUGGUGGUCUUGAUGGCAACCAUAUAUGCUAUUUAUUGUGUUAAAGUACAUGUUGGAUGGCUUGGGGUUCUGCUCUCCAUAAACCUUGCCUUCUUCUCUAACGAUGUAUUAAAUUAUAUGCUCCAAUGGUGUGAGAAGGUGAGUGAGAGCACACACUUUGAAGAGCAAAAACAAUCAGAAGAAGUAAUGGAAGAUGACUUUUCUACAGAGUGUGAUUACUCUAUUCCUACUGAAGAACCUGAAAAGGUGCACUCAUGUAAAUCAUUGAGCAAGCCAGCUACUUCAGCUGUCAUUAAUAAGGAGAAAGAAGCAUCUUCUAGUAGUAAGGUUAUUAAAGAGGAAACAAGUUCAGCUGAUGAGAUGCAAAAGAUACUAUGUAGUCUUAAUCAUUAUGAAGCUCUGGGAUUUCCUCGCCACCAAAAAAUUGAUGCUGCAAUUUUAAAAAAGGAAUACCGCAAGAAGGCCAUGCUUGUGCAUCCUGAUAAAAAUAUGGGAAGUGCACUAGCAAGUGAGUCAUUUAAGAGGCUUCAAUGUGCAUAUGAGGUUCUUUCGGAUUCCACGAAGAAAAUAGAUUAUGAUGAGAAAUUGCGGAAGGAAGAAUUCAAGACUAAGAGUGUGUGCCAGACCUCUUUUAGUACUUCAGCACAGGAGGCUCCAGGUUAUUGUUCUGAAGAGUCGAGACGCAUACAGUGCACUAAGUGCGGAAAUUCUCAUAUAUGGGUGUGCACCAAUAGAAGUAAGACCAAGGCGAGAUGGUGUCAGGAUUGCUGCCAAUAUCAUCAAGCAAAGGACGGAGAUGGAUGGGUCGAGUACAAAGGAUCCUUAGUCUUUGAUAGGCCUCAAAAGGUGGAAAUACCGCGAGCUUUUGUUUGUGCUGAGAGCAAAAUCUUUGAUGUGUCGGAAUGGGCAAUUUGUCAGGGAAUGGCGUGUAGGCCCAACACCCAUCGACCAAGUUUCCAUGUAAACAUGGUUGGUUUGGAGAAAACUCAAAGAUCCCACUCAGGUAGGUUCCCAUGGGAUUUGGAUGCUGAAAUGAUGGAUGAAGAUGAAGAAGAAUUCGAGAUAUGGCUUCAGCAAGCUCUGGCCUCUGGUCUCUUUUGUGAGCCCUCAAAACGCCGAAAGAGUUGGACUCCAUUCAAGUUUCAUCAAAUGGGGAAGAAGCAAUGGCGAAGAACCUCAUGCUAAAUGAUUCCCAACAGGAAAACACCUGCACGGCCCAUCCAGAGAAAGGAUUGAUUAUUCUGGUGCCAUAUAGUGUGGAUUGUCAAGAUAAAGAUUGACACUCUAGGUGGGUAGUUAUCAAUUUAGACUAGGUAAAUGGUUUGGUCUCUUUAUCAAAGAUGGAUAGAGACUGUGCCACCACCCCAAAGUUUAGCGCUUCACAG